AUGGUUGUCGCAAGAGAUUAUAAACUAGUUGUUGUUGGAGGUGGUGGUGUUGGCAAGUCCUCAUUAACUAUUCAACUUAUUGAGGGAACAUUUUUAGAAGAGUACGAUCCUACUAUUGAAGACUCUUAUCGAAAGCAAUGUACUAUUGAUGAUGGGCCUAACACUUUGGCUCUUCCAGUGAUUCUUAAUAUAUUAGACACCGCGGGCCAAGAUGAGUAUAAGGCACUUCGUGAAAAUUACAUGAAAACUGGUGAAGGGUUUAUUUUAGUUUAUGAUGUGACUUCGCGAUACUCUUUUGAAGAGGUCCAGAAAUUAUACAAGCAAAUUUGCACCGUGAAAGACCGUGAGAAUACACCUAUUGUUCUUCUAGGUAAUAAGACAGAUAUUGCUGAGGCUCAACCUGAAAAAAGACAAGUGUCUCGAGCAGAAGGCUUAAUCAUGGCCAAAAGAUUUGGAAAGUCUGCUGUGUUUUGGGAGACUUCAGCUCGCAAGAGACAACACGUCCAAGAUGCUUUUUUUGACUUAGUGAGACUUAUUAGAAGACAAAAUAUGGAGCCUGCAAUUCCACUAAAUAGAGUGAUCGGUCAUAUUCAUACCACUACACUAAACGCUCGGCCUCCUACGCCUAACGAUCACCACAAUGAUUCAUCAACAGCAAGUGUUAUUCGCAAAGCAGCUAGUAAGGCGAGUUUAAGAAGCACAAGUACAGUUUUUUCAACGGCUAGAAAGCUUAGUAACAGUAGUAGUUUUAACAACUUUCAUUAUGGAAGUAACAACAACAGUAACAUAAACCUCGCUAAUGGAUCAAGCAGCAUAAACAGUAACAACAGUAACAGUGGAAAUGGAGGAAAAAGUUUUAGCAAUUUUGCCCUUGCUUUUGGUAGUGGUGCCUCUAGGAUCCUCUCAUUUACUUUGGGACGCACAAAUAACAAUGGAGUCGAAGGAACAGAAACCAAUAAAAUCAGUUCUGAAAAGGAGUUAAGGAGUAGCAAAAGUCGACAAGAGCUUCUUCAGAGAGGUAGAUACUACUCACAGGUAUCUUACAAGCAUCAAAUGUCCCCUCAAUCACCCACUAUUCAGCAUAAACUUCGUCGUCAAAGCGAUAAUGUAACUGGAACCAAUACUGAUACAAAUAAUGUGUUUUUUAAUAAUGGUGCAAAAAACACACGCCAUUUGUAUGGCUCUCUUUCAGAAAAGAGCCCUUUGGUAAGAGCCAAGGCUAGAAAUGACAACUCUCCUCGAAGACUCAAACCAGUAGUUAGUCACCAGCAGCUGUCAGAUAAUUUUUCAGUUGCCCAGCGUUCUAUUCGUCAUCGCAAAAGUAUGCCGCUUGUUUCUGACCAUAGAGAGAACCGACAACAGACACUCCUUAAGAAUCGUCUUGUAGAGCCACCUCUACCUCCUUUACCAAUAGUCGAAGCCAAACAGUUUCUUUCUGCUUCCAGUCUUUCUGAAACAUCAACUAUCAAAACAACCCCUACAACACCUGUUAAUCUGCCGUCACCCGUGACUCCAGAUGCACACAUCUUUGUUCCACCCUCCCCAUGCAGUCCAACUAGCAACCCUCAUGAAACCACCCCUAUGCUUUCGUUAGUAAUCCCUUCCAAAAGGGAGCAAUUUCCUGCUACUCCUGAUAGUCCGAAUGGUGGUGGGUUCAGUUUUUGCAUUAGCAGGACAUUUAACAAAAUCAAAACCCGGAUGAUUAAAAGCCGUGCCUACUCUGCUCCAGAACCAGCAACCAAAAAUGAUAUUUCAGAAGCCUGUGUUAAGAGAGGUGCUUCGCUGGAAAAAGGAAAGCAAACUCGUCAAACUUUUGAUUUACUGGAUGAUCCACGGAGUACGUUGUUGUUGACAACACAAACUUCCUUAAACUCUGCACUAUCAGACAUGACUGGUGUUUCGCAUUCGGCUUCGAUCCAAAUUCAGUUGGCACAGAAGCAGCAUCAGAAAUAUUUUCAAAUUUCCCCAUUUUCACAAGCUUUUCAGCAGAAUGCACAGGAAGAGGCAUUAUCAACUCUUUCUGAACAACUGUCUCAGCUGCCUCUGCCACAACUUCCACAGUCGUUCCUACAGCCACAGCUACCUCUGCUUCCACAACUAUCUCUGCAGACUCCACAGCAUUCUCUUCAGGAAUCUUUAGCAGCUAUUCCUUUUCAAAAGAUUGAUGCACCAUUACCUCCUUUACCUCAUGUUAUUGAAGAUUCUAAGCUAAAUACGCCUACAAAUGAUUCUCACAAGUCUUCUGGUCAUCGCCAAAAAACUUGCGAAAUUAAGUACUCCAAGUAUCAAGAUAGAUACUCGCAACAAUACCAAGAGUACCAAAAGAUGCUUAAAAUGAAGGAGAAUGCUUUGAAGAAGUCUAAUAAGAUAAAUGGUGAUUUUCCAGUUGAAGAGCAAAAUGAACAAGGGAUUUCUCAGAACGACUUCCAGUACUAUUAUAAUCAGACUCGCGUAACUAGCCAGCAAAAACCGACCCCUUCACAUGGUGUGGCUAUGGGAUAUUGA